UUUGUGAGAAGAAACCGGUUGAUGUGGUUUUCGCCCUGGAUUCGUCUGAUGUUGUUGGUCCAAAAGAUUUCUGGUAUCAGGUUAAAUUUGUGAGAGACUUCACUCUGGGUUUGGAUGUUGGCUUCAACAAAACCAGGAUUGGAGUGGUUCUCUACAGCGAUCUGGUAGUUCACGGGUUUGACGUCAACGACCACACGAGCCUCUCUUCUGCCAUUGGAGAUCUUUACCGUAUCACGAGGACUUACGGCGGUACGCGGAUCGACGAAGUCAUCCAUUAC